AUGCCUCCUCCAAAGGAGGUCGAAGAUGGCCUCCCUCAAUCGCGGGGGGGAUACAGCCCAUCAGAGAUCGAGCGACUUGGACGAGAGCGGCCAGCUGUGUUCACUUCAAUAUGGAUGGAACUUGGUUUCUGCGUUGCCUUACUAGGAUCGAUGUUUGUCGCUGAGUAUCUCAUUUCGGGCUUCAACAUCCUUCUGCCCUCGUUGACUCCGACGCUCAACAUCCCCAAACAAGCGGAAACAUGGCCUGCCAGCGUCUUCUCUCUGGUCACAGGCGCGUUCCUUCUACCAGCAGGUCGGUUGGCUGACAUGUACGGCGGGUACAUUGUUUUCGUCAGCGGGUUUGUAUGGCUCCUCGUAUGGACAGUCAUCGCAGGAUUUAGCCAAAACUACAUCAUGCUCAUCUUUUGUCGAGCACUUCAAGGAUUUGGCCCUGCAGCUUUCCUUCCUUCUGGAAUCAUGCUUUUGGGUAGCAUUUACCGACCUGGACCACGGAAAAAUCUAGUAUUCAGUCUCUACGGCGCCUUUGCCCCCGUUGGCUUCUUCACUGGCAUUUUCUUCGCUGGUGUCUCCGCACAAUUCACGACAUGGUCGUGGUUCUUCUGGAUCGGGGCUAUCAUCCUUGCCCUUGUUGGUGUCGUGGCAUACUUUUGCGUUCCAAAUAGGCCCGAGGACAAGCACGGAAAAGAUGUCAAGAUGGACUGGUGGGGUCUGGUCACCGUGGUUCCAGGCCUCAUUCUAGUCAUCUUUGCCCUCACAGACGGAAGCCAUGCGCCGCAGGGAUGGGCUACGCCUUACAUCCCGGCCACAUUCAUUCUCGGCUGGAUCUUCCUCGGCGCAUUCAUCUACAUCGAGGGGUGGGUAGCCGAACAGCCUCUACUACCCGGCGAUAUGUUUCACGUCAAGGGUAUGAAGUGGCUUGCGACAGCCCUGUUCUUUCAGUACGGCACUUUCGGUAUCUUCCUUUUCUACGCUUCCUUCUAUAUUGAAGAAGUUGUUGGCGCCAGCCCCCUUUUGACCGCCGCCUGGUUCACACCUAUGUGUGUCGGUGGUCUUAUUCUUGUUACUGUUGGUGGUCUCGUUCUCCACUUGCUUCCAGGUCGUAUCCUCCUCCUCAUUAGCGGCACUGCAUACAUUCUCUGCAGUCUGUUAUUCGCCAUCGUACCGGUUCACUUCAACUACUGGGCGUACGUGUUCCCGUCGAUGAUCUGUGCCACUCUUGGCAUCGAUAUUACAUACAACGUCAGCAAUAUCUUUUUGACAACGUCGAUGCCCAAGAACCGGCAGGGCUUAGCAGGUGCCUUCAUGAACAGUCUGCUGUUUCUCGGUAUUGCUGUUUUUCUGAGUUUCGCAGACUUGGCAGUCAGCCAGACAGAAGACCGAGGACCGCGAGAGAGCUACAAGAUUGCAUUCUGGCUUGCAACUGCGCUAUCUGCCGCUGGCUUGAUUCUUAUGUUCUUGGGCGUCAAGAUCGGCAAGGCGCAGAGCGAUUUGACAAUUGAAGAGAGGCAGGAAUUGGAGAAAGAGUUGACGAGGAGGCACACCCACACAAGCGAGCAAGAAUGA